UGUGUGCCUAAAGGAUGAAUUUGUUAACUUUUUUACUGGCUCAAAUGAACUUAGUCUGCGCCUAUUUUCCAAAGUAGGUCCAUUUUCUUGAGAGAAAGCAGCAUCUGUGUACAAACUUUGGUGGGUAUGUCUUGAGACUGAUUGUUGCAUGCCCAUGAUUAAGUUCGUGACGAUCUGUCUGUCACGGUUGAAAUGCACCAAACUUGUAGCUGCGAAAAGAGAGAGAGAGAGAGAGAGAGAGAGAGAGAGAGAGAGAGUUGGGAAAGAUCAAAGAUGUCGUUUUUCUGUGAGCAGUGGUGUUUUUAUUCUGUUUCUGGUACUCUUUACUUCUUUAGCUCUUUCUACAUGGAGAGAGAAAGCAAGAAAAGGAAGGGGGGAAAGGUUUAGGGCAAUGGGAGAGCUGCGACUCAUCGCUUCCGCCGGUCCGCGCCGAAAACCCUAGUUUGGACGCGAUGCAUCCUUCUCCCGAGGAACGUUGCCUGAGUUUAAGCUACACUUGGAAUUUUAAUACAUCGCAUAAUGGAUAUGGGGCAAUGGCCGCUCUACAUGAUCGUUUGAUGCUAUGACUUCUGCUUAGUUAGGAAUGGGCUAUGGUCAUCAUCUGGGAGGAAGCUCAAUAAACUAUUCACAAAAUGAGUGUUUACACGAGGAAAAAUUGCUACUUGAGAUGACUCCCGAUGUUGAUUCCGACAACUUUGAUCUUGCUGAAGUUGGCUGUGAGCAUAUUAUGAUUGGAAGUCGAACAUGCAGUGUCCCAUAUGAGCUAUAUGAUCUUCCUGAUUUGAAAGGAGUGCUCUCUUUGGAAACUUGGAAUCAUCAGUUAAAUGAAGAUGAAAGGUUUUUUCUCGCAACUUUUCUUCCAGACAUGGACCAAGAGACGUUUUGGCUUACCGUAAAAGAAUUGCUUACGGGUGAUGAAAUGUUAUUCGGAAGCCCACUCCACAAGUUCUACACAGGAAUGAAGGGAGGACUUUAUUCUCCACAAGUUACUUAUUCGAGAGAAUGCCUAGUUUUCCUACAGAAGAAUGAAUACUACCAUCGUGUUCGAUCGUACCACGAGAACAUGCUCCAAGCAUUUUCAGAAAUGAAGAAAUUAUGGGAUGGGUGUGGGCAAAACCUCACUGUUGAAGAAAGAAUUCACAUUUGGAAGAGCAGGAGGGAGAACAAGCCUAGGUUCUUGGUCGAUUUAAAUACAUUUCCAGAUGAAGACAUAUUAAACAAGUGUGACGAAAGUGUUGAAAGUUUACCAUCAUCAAAGGCGGCCCGCUGUGUAAAUGGACAUUACUCAACAAUUCUUUUGAAUGGUUUGGUUCGUAACAUUAACAGAAAAGGAAAGGGAGUGUUGAAGUUAAAGCCAAUCCUGACAAAACCAGUGCAAAGUCAGGUCAUGGAACCAUCGCCAGAUAAGCCAGAGCAGCCAUCCAAGGGGUUGCCAAAAGGUGUUCUGAGAAUAAAGCGUAAAUAUGAUCAUCAUAGUCAGGUGACACCAAGAGUAAACCUGGAACAAAUUUCUGCAUGGAAUAAUUGUGCACCCAAUUUCUCGUCUCACCAAUUUGCUUUGAAGAAGGAUGAAGGUGAUAUUAGCGAGAAGUCACCCAUUUUGUGUCAGAUGAAUAGAGACGGAAGUGCCUUUAGAAGCCCAGAGAUCAUACAUGGUAGUAAAAGACAGGAAAUUCCAUAUGCUUAUACCAAGUUUUCUGAGAUCUUCGAAAAGGAACCAAAAAUGAAGAACUAUGUGAGGCAAGAUGGUCCGGAGAUAUGUAGAAAACAGCUCCUCUCAAGGUUUGAUCAGAAUUUGAGCAAUUAUGCUUUGGAUGCCGGUCACAGCGGGGACUGUCAAAAUAUGACAAAAAAAACCUCAACUGUCUUAAAGGGUCGACAAAAUAUACCGAUAGAAGAAAAUUCUGCUGGCACGAGGAAAUGUCACCUUCGGCUUGCAGUUGAAAAUCAUAAAGAAACAAGGCUAAAUACCACAGCCAUCAGAGAAGGUUUACUGAUCUCAGAUGUUCGUAGCGACAAUUCUGAACAUUUGGGGAAUGGAUCUAAAAUUGAUAGAGCUAAUGUAGCAGUAUCAGGGGCUGAAAAAUGCCCCAUGUUUCCUAUAACAUAUAAGAGGAAGAAACCAUACAAAAAGGUCAACCACAAGGACACUCUCAAGCAGCAACCACAAGAGCCAGUUGCAGUUUGCUUGGAUUCGAGCACUCCAAUUGGAGCAGUGAAACCACAACGGAUGGCAAUUAAGAUCAAGUUCCGAGGCUUGACAGGUCAGAGUGGUUAAUGAUAACAACCGGCAUCGCUUCUGAUUGGCAUUAGCCUGUGUAAAUAUAAUGACUGAGAAUCUUUAUCCAUCGUCUGCAAUUCAAUGAGUGAUAGAGCCUCCUUCCAUGAAAGCCAUAGCUAUUAAUUAGAGGUCACUGCACUUCUUGUUAGGCUUUUAUUACGAAAAUCAAGCAUACCAAUAUACUUGAUUUUGAUGGCUUCCACAAAUAAUUCUGGAUUUGCCCUUUGAACUGAUCUCAUGUUGAUUGCCAAAGGAACAGUCAGCAAGUACCAACUGCUCCAACUGAUAUGUUCUGGUCUUCAUGUGCUUCUGAACUUUUUUGCUCUACAUGAUGGAAUGUAUAUCGUUCUGCAAGCUACAUCUUGAUUUAGAUGAAGCACUGAAAUUUCCUCACACUUUUCACUAGUUUGACAAGUUCACUUGUAAUUGAAAUGUAUGAGUAAUGUUCAUACAACUAGUUGGCUAAUUGGUUGAACUCAUUUCUCGGUCAAAGGUUUUGUCAUGAUCAGUUUAAGCUUUCAUUUUUAGUUUCAAACUGAAAUGAACAUGUCACUUGCUCGACUUGUUUGUAGCAGUAGUUUCAUUGGUUCAAAUAUCAACUCUGUUUAUUUCAAGAAGAAAAA